AUGAGCAACGACAAACUGGGCCAACAACUGUUGAAUGCAGCGUGUGGUGGAAGACUCGAGACUGUGCAGCAGUGUAUUUGGCAAGGGGCCAACGUCAACUGGAAAAACCAUGCUACAUGGACCCCACUCCACUGGGCCUCACUUGAAGGACACUUAAAUGUUGUGAAGUUAUUGGUGUCACAUGGCGCCGACCUUCAUAUGACUACUAAUGAUGGAUACACCUCACUCCACUGGGCCUCGUACUAUGGACAUUUGAGCGUGGUGCAGCAGUUGGUCGUCCUAGGCGCUGACAUCCACGCGACGAAUAAUGAUGGAAAAACUCCACUCCACUUCGCCUCGCAAUAUGGACGUUUGAGCGUGGUGCAGUGGUUGUUGGACGCGGGGGCUGACAAAAAAAGGACGACCAUGGAUGGUCGCACUGCGCGUGACUUGGCCGAGAGCUCAGGAGAAUCUGCCAUUGUUACUACGUUGGACAAACGCGAGACAGUAAUUCAGACGGCUCACGCGAACAAAUCGACCAAAACCAAGGAUGGACGCACUGCGCCAACCGAGGCUACGGGGGAGACUUCACCCUCCCCCACCCUGCAACCAACGCCACCUUCCUCGCCACCCAAGGCUGCCUCCAACCCCCAAAUCCCUGCAACCUCGACAGAAGUGGCUACCUGGGGACAAGGACCUCCGCGCGAAGUGUCGGUGGCGGAGGUGCAGCAGUGGACGGACAACUUUUCUCCUGCGAGAAAGAUCGGGGAAGGUGCGUUUGGGGACGUGUUUGAAGGCCAGUGCCAGUCCAUUCCAGUGGCUGUGAAGCGACUCAAGCCGACCCUUCGACUCCAGGGGGAUGAGGAAACGGAUCGGGCGGUGCUGUCCACUAUCCGCCGAGAGAUUUACGUCCUGUCCAAGUUCCACCACCCCCACAUCAUCCGCUUACUGGGAUUCACCAGUGUGGCGUCCGUGGCCCAAGAGCUCUGUCUCGUGUACGAGCUGGGGUCGCUGGGGUCGAUGGACCAGAGUCUCGUGGACGAUGCCCGGGCCUCUGACCUGACGUGGAAGGUCCGAGUCCGCAUCGCCGCUGCGGUGGCGAGGGCCAUCAACUACCUCCACUGCCACGACGAGAAGAGUCCCACGUUCCACCGAGACAUCAAGAGCGCCAACAUCGUUCUCUUCCACGGCUUCGUCCCCAAGCUCAUUGACUGCGGCCUCUCCAAGUUUAUCCCAGACCCAGCCACCACCCACCACCUCGGCUCGAUCAUGAGCACCAAGGGCAUGGCACUUGGGACCCCUGGCUACAUGUGCCCCACGUACAUCCGCAAGCUCCAGUACGACGCCAAGUCGGAGAUCUAUUCGUUUGGCAUUGUGCUGCUGGAGCUCCUCACGGGUCGGCUCAUGUCGUCUCGUCGCGACGGCCAGGAUCUGUACGACGAGUACAUUGAGGACAUGACGCCGAUCGGCCCAGACUUGGACGCGCGGGCCGGGCCGUGGUCCGUCGAGUGCGCCCAGCGACUGGAAGCCCUCGCAAGGGAGUGCUUGGCACCGUACAAAACCCGCGUGAGUUCCAUGCUCACGGUGUUGCGGCGACUGGUGGAGCUGGAAAAGACCUACUGUGCAGCCACUCCCGAGGAAAUCCGCAUGACCCAACUGGUGGAAGACUUGCAGCGGCAGGUGGAUGCGUUGCGAAGCAGUCCGAAACAGCCGGCAGAGAUUCUCCGCAUGUGCAACAUUUGCUUUGACCAAAGCGCCAAUGGCCUCGGUUGUGGUGCUGGCGACGUGCUGCACUUUAUAUGCGCCGACUGCGCCCCCCACGAGGUGCAGAGAAUACUCAAUGAAAUCGAAGCCGAAGCCACGCAGCUGGCGCGCCAUCGAGCCCAAGGCGGGCGCAUCCAGUGCGUGAUGCCCGGCUGCGACGCCGUGUACUCCGAACAAGCCCUGGCCAAGGUCCUCCCAGACGCUAUCUUCGGCCACUACCGGGCGGCGCAAGAUGCGGUGGUGGAGCAGCGCCAGUACACGUACCACCAAGAGCGCUUUCAACUGGAGCUGGAGGCUGCCAGAGCCGAGUUCAAGCGAUCCAACGACCUCGCCAGGACCCGGCAAGACGCAGCUGCGACGGCCGAGUUCAUGCGGCGACAGUUCCCGAAUGCCGUGCAGUGUCCCAGGUGUGGGGCUGGCCCUGUGAUCCCUGAGAACUGCUACAACCUGAAGACCCACCAUGGGGAGAGCACGAGCGGAGGCGAACUGUUCAAUGCAUCGAUUGGUGGAAACCUCAAGUCGGUGCGCAAGCUCAUUCAGCAAGGGGCCAACGCGAGCUGGGUAAACCAGCAGGGUAGGCAAACCCCGCUCCACGCAGCCUCAGGCUGUGGACAUUUUCAAGUGGUUCAGGAGUUAGUGGAGGGAUGGACCCCACUCCACUUUGCCGCACUAAAAGGACAUUUAGCAAUUGUGAAAGAAUUAGCAGUCCAAGGCGCCAACAUCCACGCAACGACUAAUGAUGGACAGACCUCGAUCUACAUUGCAUCAAUAGAAGGACAUUUGGAAGUGGUGAAGGAAUUUGUAAGCCGUGGCGUCGACAUCCACACAGUUGACAAGCUUGGAUGGACCCCACUCCACUGUGCCUCCACCAAGGGAGAUUUGAAAGUGGUGAAGGAAUUGGCGAUCAAUGGCGCCGAUAUCCACGCAACUGCACGUAAUGGAUUUACCCCACUCCACGUCGCAUCACGCCAAGGACACUUGGACGUGGUGCAGUGGUUAAUACACGCGGGGAUUGACACAAAGAGGAUUUGCAAGGAUGAACACACUGCUAGUACCGUGGCCGGCGGUACGAGUAAGGCUGCCAUUGUUGCUGCGUUGGACAAACAUGUACAUGUUGGAUGGACUGAACUCCACAGUGCAGCCUUUCGCGGAUAUUUGGAGGAUGUGAAGACCCUGGUAACAAAUGGGGCCGACAUUCACGCCUCGGGCGAUGAUGGAAACACCCCCUUGCACAUCGCAUCAAAGGAGGGACAUUUGAACAUUGUGCAGUGGUUGUUGGUCGAGGGGGCUGACACAACUAGGACUACCAAGGAUGGACACACGGCUCGCGAUUCAGCCCAAAGGAAGUCUAUUCUGAUUGCCUAUUCUGAACACGAGGCAAAGCUAACCGAUCGAGGCAUCGCCAGCUUUUGUGCUGGCGUCUACGAAUCGGCAGUGGCUGAUGCAAACCAAGCCGUCGCGUCGACUGAAAGGAAGGAUAUCUCAGCGUUCGCUUGGUUGGGGGAAGCAUUUCUUCGUCGAGACCAGUACGAUUUUGCUUUGGCUGCGUUUCAAGAGGGUCUGCAAGUCAACCCAGAAGACGUGGACUGCAUGGUGGGCAUCAAUGACACGAACGACUGCGUCGACGUGACCAAAGCAUUUGGAGUGCCCGACAUGUGGGCUGUCUUGGCCAAAGACCCAUUCACACGGGAUCUCCUCCGAGCCCCAAAAUUCAAGGCUCUUAUUCAAACUGUUCGAGACAAACCCAGCCAAUACCUCCAACACAAGGCCGAAUUGGCGAAUGUAUUGGCAAUUCUCGAGACCCACCGCCAAUCCACCAGACCCCUGACCCCCGUCCCUAUUUUUCCGCCUCUGUCUUUGUCACUCAAGGCUGCCUCAAACCACCUCGUCCACGGCAGCGCUGCCGAAGUAGCUGGCGAGGCAAUACGGAUCGCGCUUGUGGACCGGUUGACUACGAACAAGGGUGGCCGAACGUCUCGUGUAAUGGCUGGGGCGGGCGAUUAA